UGAAUUUCGGAGGCGCUCCAUAUAAUGCUCCGACUACUGACCUUGCGUUCCUUGCCUAAGAGGCUUGUUACGAAUAUCAGGAAUUAUAACCCUGAUGCAAGUUAUAAAAAUGAACACGGGUCAUCGUACUACCUUAUCCCAGAGAUACCUAGUGAGUCCUAUCUAUCAAAAUCCAUUCUGGAACCGCUGAACAUUUCGAAUUUAGAAGACCUAAAACCUGAUAAAGUUUUCGGUGGAGUUUCAAGACUUAUUAUGAACUAUCAAGUUUCAUUAUCAAAGCUGUCAGAUAGCAUCCAAAAAGGAGAAAUUUCAAAAAACGACAUCACUAUAAUAUCUUCGCUUGAACAAGCAUCUUUCCCAGUUGAACAAGCAUUUCGCAACCUAAAUUGCUUGACCACCGUAAAAAAUGAUCAUAUUUGGAACCUGAUAGUAUCACGUCUAUAUCAAAAGUUCAAAGCGGCCAGGCGUGAAUAUUUUCAUCGUGAUUCAACCAUAUGUGAAGCUCUUUUGACUCUUAGACAAUCGUCCUCAAAGUUGGAUGAGUAUGAGAAAGGUUUAUUAGAUGUAUGGAUAUAUGAUUGUUGGUUGAUGGGCACUGGUUUAUUAGUUGCCGGUAAUAAAUAUGGCAAAAUCAUUUCAUUUUCUGAAUUAAACGAACUCAUUCAAGGCAUUAACAAUAGUCAAACUACUUCACAGAUUACUUCACCAAAUGCUCGUAAAUCUUUAUCAGUAAUACAUGAUAAUUAUGCUGAUGUAGAGAAAGAAGAAUGUCAAUUUCAAACAAUGGUUGCAUCUAGUGCUGCUAUCUCAUUACCUCAAUAUUAUAGUUCAAAAUAUACUGGUCGUCCAAAUAUACCGUCGAAUUUAGAAAUACUCACAGGUGCCACCGAUAUUAAAGUUGCUGAAUCCGACUUGGCUCCAUCGGCACCUUAUUGGCUACCAGCAGUUUUAGGUGGUAAAGAAGAUGGAGGACAUAUAGCUGGAAUGCAUGUCAGUUUAGUUUCAAACGCUUUAGUCAGUGAAUUCUUAAAACAUUGUAGUAAUAAUGAAUUACGCAAAACUGUAUGGGAAUAUUGGGUAAGACGUGCAAGUGGUUAUUAUUUUGGUCCAUCUACUGGUUUAUAUGCAUCGAAUGAUCAACGUAUCAAUGAUAUUCGUCGUUUACGUAAAAAUCUUGCAAAAUAUCUUAAUUGUAAAGAUUGGUUAUCGGUUUUAUGGAGUUCACCUUAUUCACAUACACCUUCAUCACCUGAUCAAUUAGUGAAUGAUGUUUUGGAACCAUUUAGAAUUAGUUUAAAACAAAUUGGUGAAUGUGAUUUGAAAAUGCUGAAAGAAUGGGCUAAUGUAAAUUUACAUUUAUAUGGUAAAACAUUAGAACCAUGGGAUGUUGAUUAUGCAUUGGAACAAUAUAAUUAUGCUGUAAAUUAUAAACAUUUUGAAAAUAUUAUCAUUCCACCAGACGGUUCAUUAAUUAAUUAUCUACAUACGGUAUUUAGUGAAUUAGCAAAUCUAUUUCAUUUUAAAUUAACACCACAAAUACCAAGAUCAACAAGCAAAGAUGACACGGAUAAUGAUGUUGAUUGUUAUGUUGUUGAAAAGUUAGUUUAUCAUGUGGAAGAUUUAACUGAUGGGACGGUAUUUGGUGAAAUAAUUAUUGAUCCUUUUGCUAGAAGUAACCGUACAGUUCCUGUUGGUGGUAACUUAUUUGUUCCUGUUGUUACACGAAAUAAUUUAUCCAAUAAUGAUAUUCGUGUACAUUCUGGAUUUUCUAACUAUCCUGUAGCUUAUAUUCUAGGUAGUUUAAAUCAAUCUACAGAAACACUGGGAAUUUCUUUCAAUGUUUUAUUAUCAUAUAUGAGUGUAUUUGGAACAUGUCUUCAAUAUAUCACAUGUCGUGUACCACAUCAUGAAUUGUAUAGUUCACCACAUUAUAUUGCAUUAGAUACACGUCAUAUUAUGUCAGAUUUAUGUUAUACAAUUGGAUGUAAUUAUGCUAUUCCAUGUUUAAAAAAUUAUUUCACAAAUAAACAACUACAACAACAACAACAUCAAUCUAGUUUUCAACCAUCUGCUAUUGGCUUGAAAACACCAUCGAAACCAAUUACAUCAUUAUAUUUUCUACAAGAUCUUUAUGAAUCACGAUUUGAUUUAGCUAUAUGGUCAAAAAGUUAUUCUGAAGCAAAAUGGUCAACAAUACAAAAAAAUCUAUGGAAAUUACAUAUGCCUUAUCCGUUACAUUCACAUGAUUAUUUACCUUGUUCUUAUACACAUAUAUUUGGACCAAAUUCAGAAGCUGGUUUAAUUUAUCAUAGAAUAUGGCGUAAAGUUUUAUUAGAUGAUAUUCUUUUGUCAUUCAAAGAAGUUGGUUGGUUAUCGUCAUCAUCAUCGGAUAAAACAGAUUGUGAGAAGGUGUCCGAAGUAUUUAAACGUUUUCGAGAUACAUAUUUAACUUAUGGAAGUGCAAUCCCACCAGCUGAAUUAUUCCGUCGUUUUCGUGGAAGAGAUAUUGACCCUCAAAUAUGUUUAAAAAAGAUGGAGCGUCUAGUGGAAUUUCCAGAAUUAUCUUUACCAUCAGAAAAUGUUGCACCUCUACUUGUCCGUUCAUAAUUUUUCACAAAUUACAGUUUCUUCUAUAAAUGGUCAUGUACACAGUUACUUAGUAAUCACAGUUCUUCAAUCCUGUAAUAUCAUUCAUUUAUUUGUAUUCAAUAACAAAUACUUUAUGCUUAGCACUUGUACAUUACAAUAUAUUCUCUUAGUCGACUGU